GAGUGGUUGGAGAGCAGUUAAACAAGUAUGCUGUAUGAACAAACCUCUCUAGAUAAAGAAACUUCAGAGCUGGUCUCUCCAAGCUAUGCUUUGCUUACUCCUCCUCCUCCCCUCCACCACUGUCUCCUCCUCCUCCGGCAAUGUCUAGAGACUCUAAAUCCUGGAGACCUUUCACGGCGAACUGCUGCUCAAUCGAAGGCCAGACGGUCUUAGGAAACUUCAGCCGGUGUAGGCCAUCCCGGUUGGAGUUUUCCAAGAGGAUCGAGCUACCUUCCUUCCGCCGUUUAUCGUUCUCCGACCUUAGCAGUUCUUCGUCGACGCGCAUCACCGAGGAUCUUGCUCAUUCCUUCGGCUCGGAUUUGCAUGUUUUUCAGCUGAGCGAAUUGCGGGCCAUAACCCAGAACUUCUCUAGCAAUUUCUUACUGGGGGAAGGUGGGUUCGGCACCGUGCACAAGGGAUACAUCGACGAGAACUUACGCCAGGGUUUGAAGGCUCAGGCUGUUGCCGUUAAGCUUCUUGACAGUGAAGGCCUGCAAGGGCACCGGGAAUGGCUGGCGGAGGUGAUAUUCCUGGGACAACUCAGGCAUCCACACUUGGUGAGAUUGAUCGGCUACUGUUGCGAGGAUGAAGAGAGGCUUCUCGUUUACGAGUUCAUGCCUAGAGGAAGCUUAGAAAACCACUUAUUUAGGAGGAUCUCUGUGUCUUUGCCUUGGGGAACCAGGCUGAAAAUCGCCAUUGGAGCUGCCAAAGGUCUCGCCUUCUUGCAUGGCGCCGAGAAGCCCGUCAUUUACCGCGAUUUCAAGACCUCGAACGUGUUACUGGACUCUGAUUUUACGGCAAAGCUAUCGGAUUUUGGCCUUGCAAAGAUGGGACCAGAAGGAUCGAAUACUCAUGUUACGACCCGAGUAAUGGGGACCUAUGGAUAUGCGGCACCGGAGUACGUCACAACAGGGCACUUGACUACAAAGAGCGACGUCUACAGCUUCGGGGUGGUGCUACUAGAGCUACUGACGGGAAGAAGAUCAAUGGACAAAACCAGGCCCAAGAGUGAACAGAACCUCGUCGACUGGGCGCGGCCCUACCUGACCAGUAGCCGGAAGUUGCGCUGCAUCAUGGACACAAGACUGGCCGGUCAGUACUCCGUCAAGGGAGCACGGGAGAUUGCUUCUCUGGCUCUACAAUGUGUAAGCCCAAACCCUAAAGAUAGACCAAGGAUGCCUGCAAUUGUUGAGACACUCGAGAAGCUGCAAAAUCUGAGGGACAUGGCGGUCACCUGUGGACAAUGGCCGGCGGCGACUCCCAAGUCUGGCCGGAAUGGAGCCAAUGUCAAGGGCAGGAAGGAUGCCAGGCCGGCGGCUUACCGGAAGCCCUCUCCGGUUGCUCCAAGCCGGUUCGGUUAGUUAAUUUGCUUGUCGAUAUGUAUAAAAAGGUGUGAUGAUGUCAAGGCCUAUGUAUAUAAAUAUGCUUCAAGCCUUCAACUUCAAUGGUUAUGUCAUUACUUCUCUUAAUUGUGUGAUAUAUUUAAGAGCUUAAUGAGCAUUUGUAAAUGUAAUUCC